AGCACAGCUCUCUGUUUUGGAGUCUUUCGCCAACAGCAGCCGCAGCAGCAAGAUGCGAAAGAGCGCGUGGGCCACGAUUUUUACAGUUUGUUUGACCGCGGGUCAGACUGUCGGAUUCCCGGAACAGACCGAAAAUCCGACCACGGAAGCGUCUUUCCUUGACGAUGCCUUUGCCGAGAUUGACAGUGAGCAGUACGAGGGCCGCGCAAACUUCAGAGAUGUGCCCGCGAAUCUCACGGGAGCGCAUCUCUACCGGGUGCAGCUGAAGAACAAUGAGCACAAACGCGUCUUCUUGGAUCUCAUUAAGACCGAGCAAAUCGACGUUUGGAUGCAGUCGAGGGGCAAGAAAGCAAAGGCCGUGUUCAUGGUGCUCGCGACCAACGUGGACAAAGUCAAUCUGCGGUUCUACGAGGCGGACAUCACUCUCAAACGCUUGACGGACAACGUGCAGAAAUUGGUCGACGAAGAAAAUCCAUCUGAAAAUGUCACGAAACUUAGCAAUUCAAAGACAGGCUACGCGUUGACGUGGAAAGCAUAUCACAAAGCGAGCGUGAUUCACGACUUUCUUGACAACUACGCUACGAACUACAAGGAUUUGUGCACCGUUGAAAAAAUCGGCAACACGGUCGAGGGUCGGCCCAUAAAAAUGAUCAAGAUCUCGUCAGGCGGAGACAAAAAGCGGCCAGCUUUUUUUAUUGACGGAGGUAUCCACGCAAGAGAGUGGAUUUCUCCAGCGACUGUGACGUACAUAAUUCGCGAGUUGGUCGAAAACCGCACGGCGUACAGCUUCGCUGACGAAGUGGACUUUUACAUCGUCCCUCUGAUGAACGUCGACGGCUACGAGCAUUCGCGGACCAGAGACCGUCUGUGGCGAAAAAACCGGGCCCCCGGCGCCUUGUGCAAAGGAGUUGAUCUGAAUAGAAACUUUGGAUACAAAUGGGGAGGAAAAGGAUCCAGUUCCUCCGUAUGCAGGGGAAACCACCGCGGUCCUUCAGCAUUUUCAGAGCCCGAGUCCCAAGCAAUCCGCGAUUUCAUUCUGAAAUUCGACAUCGGAACUUUUAAAGCGUAUUUAACAGUCCACAGUUUCGGUCAAUACAUCAUGUAUCCAUGGGGGUACGAUUACAUAACCCCACCCGACGGCAAGGAGCUGCAAAGGGUCGGAGAUCUCGCCGCCGCUGCUGUGAAAAAGUUGACGAAUGCCUCUUACAAAGUUGGAAGUUCAGCCAAACUCUUGUACGCUGCCGCCGGUGGCUCGGAUGACUGGGCGAAAGCAGUAGCAGAAAUACCAUAUGCUUACACACUGGAGUUGCGGGACAAAGGAGAUUAUGGCUUCAUUUUGCCGGCCAAAUUCAUCAAACCAACCGGAUUGGAGACCAUGGCCAUGGUCCAAGUCGUAGCUGAGGAGAUGCUCAAAGCUGAAAGGCUGAAAAAGAAUUAAAAUUAUUUGUUAAAGUGUUUAAUAAAUUCGUAGUACGCUCUUAGAAA